UCGCUCUCUGUGCGGGUGGGAAUAAACAAUCUCGAACUUGAGAUGCAGGUGUUGAAAACCUUACAAAACAAAACGAGAGGUCUGCUUGGAAACUUCAACGGAAAAACCAACGACGAGUUUACGUUACCUAACGGGACAGUUCUGCCAGCUAAUUUAACAGAGAGUCAGAUCUAUACAAAAUUUGCAAGCCAAUACCAAGUAGCAGCGAACAAAUCGGUGUUUAUCUACAAGACAGGCAAGAAAGCCUCCGACUACCAACACGCAACGUUUGUACCCACCUACAUGGAUACACAGACAGCGACCAACCUACAGGCUGCCAUAGCUCUGUGUGGGGCGGGGAGAAACGCCUGUGUUUAUGAUUAUUUCAUCACAAAGGACGCGGCGUUUGCUAAGAAUUCGGAUAACACCAUGAAGCAGGCCACAGCUAAACGUUUGCUGUUAGCCAACAACUGCCCUAAUGUAACCUUCGUCAAGAACGACAACUACACCAACGGUCGAUGGAUUGUCCAGGAGGGGGCAGUCAACACACUACGUGUUAACGUGACUGACGCCGAUGAUGACUUUUUGACCUACAUGCUGUACGAGAGUGUCACGGGAGUGUCAAUCAACCAAAGCGGGUUUUUAACGUACACACCAUCCUCUCUGAACCCGGUGAAAAUUGGGUUCAGAGUUAAAGAUUCAAGAAAUUGCUACACACACGUGAUCAACAUACAGACAGCUAUAUGCCCUCAGUGCAGAAAUAAUGGACGGUGUAGCAGGAACGAAACCAGGCCGGUUGAGUACUUUGGAGGACAAGUCCAGAUUCUAAAAUGCGACUGUGCACCCGGUUUUACUGGCAACAACUGUGAGUUAGAACUGGACGCCUGUCUGAACAAACCCUGCUCUAAAGGACGAACAUGCACAGACCUGACGGCAGCCCAACAAGGCAACAAUCCCGUAGGAUAUGAGUGUGGUCCUUGUCCUACUGGAUAUCAGGACAUUGAGGACAUUUGUGUUGAUAUCGACGAAUGUGAGGACAACAGCACCUGUGAUCACACCUGUGUCAACACUGAGGGGUCCUACACCUGUAGCUGUAACCCUGGAUACGUUCUCAGUCGUGCGGACUCUAGCUCAUGUUUUGCCAAAAACUGCUCUAACCGAUGCAUCAUGCAGUACACCUGGUAUUGUGACGAAUCUGUCAACGUUUGCGUGUGCAACAAUGGCAUGAAGACCGAUGACUGCUCUAUGUUUGUGGAUCACUGCGCCAAUAACCCUUGCUCACCAAACCUGACGUGCAACAACAAAGGUGACGGUUACGUGUGCACGUGCUUCAAUGGACUAACACCUGUCAACGGCAUCUGCUCAGAUUGCAACCGAGUACUGACAGAGUCAUCUGGUAGUUUUAUGAGCUCCAACUACCCUGACAACUACCCUGAUGGAGAGUCGUGUACAUGGACGAUCACAUCAAGUGAAAUGAACUCAAUAAUUCUACUCAACAUCACAGACUACCAAGUAGAAGGAUGUCCUUACGACUACCUAGAGGUGUACGAUGGUGACACUAUAGAGGCAGACAUCAUAGGCCAGUUCUGUGAUGAAGGAACUCCUGAACUUAUCAGCUCCACUGGGAACUCUCUGCUCAUUUCUUUCACGUCAGAUGAGGCUGUCAACAAGAAAGGGUUUUUCGCCACCUACGUUGUAGAAUCCCUGUGUAGGAUAAAACAAUGUUCCCAUGACUGUAAGCUGGUCUCUGUCAGUCCACGAGUCGAGCAGUGUUUGUGUCCAGAGUGGACAAGACUGGACGGUACGGAAACAAAAUGCUUGGAGAUUAACGCCUGUAACACAACCGUUGCCACCGAUGCUGGUCUAAUUGUAAGUCCAGGCUACCCACAUGCGUACCCAGCCAACUAUACCUGCCACUGGACUGUUCCCUCAAAAUCCCUGAUGACCACAACUAUCAGCUUCUCUGAUGUGGACUUAGAGUUUGGUGUCGCGUGUGCGUACGACUCACUUAAAGUUUACAACGGUACGUCAACAAGCUACCCCCUGCUGGGUGCCUACUGUGGCAGCAGUUUACCCAGAUCUAUUAGCUCUACCAACAGUCUGUACCUGGUCUUCACGUCUGAUGGUUUAAUCAGUGGCCGGGGAUUUAAGCUACAGUACACCUACGGUGCUAAAUAAAAGUCAAGAUGCAACGUGUUGCUCAUUGAAAAACACCAACUAACAAAUUUAAAUAAUUUUAUAAAUUUCUUAAAAUGAGGAAUUUAAGACAAGAUUAAAUGUUUUCUCUGUUGUUAAAUUAUAAU